CGGGAGGCCAGAUCUGGGAGUAUUAGCGACCCUUCCACUUCCAGGCGGCAGAGGCUCAGCGCAAUGGAGGAGCUCGAUGGGGAGCCGACAGUUACUUUAAUUCCAGGAGUGAAUUCCAAGAAGAAGCAAAUGUGUUUUGACUGGGGCCCAGGGGAGAUGCUGGUCUGUGAAACCUUAUUCAACAAAAAAGAAAAAUCAGAAGUAGUUCCAGGCUGCCCCUUUAUCUAUAUCAUCCGGAAGGAUGUGGAUGUUUAUUCUCAGAUUUUGAGAAAACUUUUCAAUGAAUCCCAUGGGAUCUUUGUGGGCCUCCAAAGAAUUGAAGAAGAAUUGACUGGCAAAUCCAGAAAAGCUCAAUUGGUUCGAGUUAGCAAAAACUACCGAUCAGUCAUAAGAGCAUGCAUGGAGGAAAUGCACCAGGCGGCAAUUGCUGCUAAGGACCCAGCCAGUGGCCGCCAGUUCAGCAGCCAGGUCUCCAUCUUGUCUGCCAUGGAGCUCAUUUGGAAUCUCUGUGAGAUUCUUUUUAUUGAAGUCGCCCCAGCCGGCCCCCUCCUCCUCCACCUCCUUGACUGGGUCCGUCUGCAUGUGUGCGAGGUGGACGGUUUGUCAGCAGAUGUUCUGGGCAGUGAGAAUCCAAGCAAGCAUGAGAGCUUCUGGAACUUGGUGACCAUCUUGGUGCUGCAGGGCCGGCUGGAUGAGGCCCGACAGAUGCUGUCCAAGGAGGCUGAUGCCAGCCCUGCCUCAGCGGGCAUGUGCAGAGCCCUGGGGGACCUGAUGAGGACAAUGCCCAUUCUUAGUCCUGGCAACACGCAGACUCUGACGGAGCUGGAGCUCAGGUGGCAGCACUGGCACGAGGAGUGUGAGCGACACCUACAGGACGGCACGUUCGCCUCCAGCCCCCGCCUGGGUGCGCUCUGUAAGAUCAUGCUGGGAGAUGAAGAGGCCUUGUUGGAGCAGAGGGAGCUGCUGAACAACUGGUACCAUUUCUUGGUGACUCGGCUGCUGUACUCCCACCCCACAGUAAAGCCCACCGAGCUGCACAUCUAUGCCCAAUCCAGCCUGGACCUGUUUCUGGGAGGGGAGAGCAGCCCAGAACCCCUGGACAACAUCUUGAUGGCAGCCUUUGAGUUUGACAUCCAUCAGGUGAUCAAGGAGUGCAGCAUCGCCCUGAGCAACUGGUGGUUCGUGGCCCAUCUGACUGACCUGCUGGAUCACUGCAAACUGCUCCAGUCUCACAACCUCUAUUUCGGCUCCAACAUGAGAGAGUUCCUCCUGCUGGAAUAUGCCUCCGGCCUGUUUGCUCAUCACAGCCUGUGGCAGCUGGGGGUGGAUUACUUUGAUCACUGCCCUGAGCUGGGCCGAGUCUCCUUGGAGCUGCACGUUGAGCGGAUCCCUCUCAACACGGAGCAGAAAGCGCUGAAGGUGCUGCGGAUAUGUGAGCAGCGGCAGAUGACUGAACAGGUUCGCAGCGUUUGUAAGAUCUUGGCCAUGAAAGCUGUCCGCAACAAUCGCCUGGGCUCUGCCCUCUCCUGGAGCAUCCGAGCCAAAGAUGCCGCCUUUGCCACGCUCGUGUCAGACAGGUUCCUCAGGGAUUACUGUGAGCGAGGCUGCUUCUCUGAUUUGGAUCUCAUUGACAACCUGGGGCCAGCCAUGAUGCUCAGUGAUCGACUGACAUUCCUGGGAAAGUACCGCGAGUUCCACCGACUGUAUGGGGAGAAGCGCUUCGUUGCUGGCGCUUCUCUUCUGCUGUCGCUGAUGACCUCGCAGAUUGCCCCCCGCUCUUUCUGGAUGACUCUGCUGACAGACGCCCUGCCCCUUCUGGAACAGAAACAGGUGAUUUUUUCAGCAGAGCAAACCUAUGAGCUGAUGAGGUGUCUGGAAGACUUGACCAUGGGAGGGCCGGGACGUGGUGAGCCCGACGGCCAGGGGCCCCAGGAUGACGACAUAGAGACCACAAAGGUGGAGAUGCUGAGAUUGGCGCUUGCACGAAAUCUCGCUCGGGCAAUUAUCAAAGAAGGCUCUUUGGAAGGCUCCUGA